GUCGCCCUCUCUGUUAUCUUGUCUCCGUAGCAACGGGGUUAGGCUUUCACGGUUUUCCUACAAGUAGGUGAGGGUGGCAUCACGUGACCAUCUGAACCGCGCACCCACCUCCUCUGCUGCACCCGGAAGGGUCCGGCGGGCCGCGUCUGGAGGCCUGCGCUGCAGCGCUCUCUCCGCGCGUCCCCCUGGAGGCCUCUCGCGUCUCCCGCAGCCCGGAGUCUGCAAGUCGCCACCCUGGUUGCUUCUCGGUUGCAAACGUACUUUGCUAACGCGGUAGGACAUCUACUCCUAACACGCUUUGCUUAUUUCCUGAACGCUGUGGAAACGCAAGCCGUUAUCAUCAGUGUGAGGUAUUGCAUUUUUUACAAAUUGAAGGGAAGAACCUCUAUUCCAGCAAGAAGCUUGCUUUACUGUGAUACUUUGAGUGGAUAUAAUACCUGGAACCAAACCUACAGUAUCUCCAAGUCCUUUGCAGGUCAUUAGUUUCCCAGCACUUCAGCUGCACGUGAGUGGAACAGCAAUGAGAGCCAGUCAGGAAGACUUUGAAAAUGCAAUGAAUCAGGUGAAACUGUUGAAGAAGGAUCCAGGAAAUGAAGUGAAGCUAAAACUCUAUGCACUAUACAAGCAGGCCACUGAAGGACCUUGUAGUAUUCCCAAACCAGGUGUGUUUGACUUGACCAAUAAGGCCAAAUGGGAUGCAUGGAAUGUUCUUGGCAACCUGCCCAAGGAAACUGCCCGGCAAAACUAUGUGGAUUUGGUGUCCAGUUUGACUUCUUCAUCCAAGUCCUCUAGCCAAGCGAAGCCUGGAGCAGACAGGGAACGACAGGGAUAUGAAAACCUGGUGGUGACCUCUGAAGACGGCAUCACAAAGAUCAUGCUGAACCGGCCCAUCAAAAAGAAUGCAAUCAGCACUCAGAUGUAUCACGAAAUCAUGCUUGCACUUAAAACCGCAAGCAAGGAUGACUCAACCAUAACUGUUUUAACAGGAAAUGGUGACUAUUACUGUAGUGGGAAUGAUCUGACUAACUUCACUGAUAUUCCUGCUGGUGGAGUAGAAGAGAAAGCUAAAAAUAGUGCUCUUAUGCUGAGGGAUUUUGUAGGUUGUUUUAUAGAUUUCCCUAAGCCUCUGAUCGCAGUGGUAAAUGGUCCAGCUGUGGGAAUCGGAGUCACCACUCUCGGGCUAUUUGAUGUUGUGUAUGCGUCCGACAAGGCAACAUUUCAUACUCCCUUUGGUCACCUAGGCCUAAGUCCAGAAGGCUGCUCCUCUUACACUUUUCCGAAGAUAAUGGGCCCAGCCAAGGCAGCAGAGAUGCUUAUUUUUGGAAAGAAGUUAACAGCAAGAGAAGCAUGCGCUCAAGGACUAGUUACUGAAGUUUUUCCUGAUAGUAUUUUUCAGAAAGAAGUUUGGACCAGACUCAAAGCAUAUUCAAAGCUCCCCCCAAAUGCCAUGAGAGUUUCAAAACAGGUCAUCAGAAAUACAGAGAAAGAAAAGCUCCAUGCUGUUAAUGCUGAAGAAUGCAGAGUCCUUCGGGAAAGAUGGAUGUCAGACGAAUGCAUAAAUGCAGCCAUGAACUUCUUAUCCAGGAGAGCAAAACUGUGACGACUACUACAGCGAAGUUAAGAAGGCACAUGCUAUGAUUUCUGAUUUCUAGUACUUCAAUUAAAUAAACUUCACUGUGCCUUUUUCUGUGAUAAAA